GGAUUUCCUACUGGGAAAGUGGGAGAAGCUUCACCACCCCCGAGUUACCAUUCCAAGAUGGCUGCCAUUCCCAGUUCCGAUUUCCGAGGUAAAUGGAACGCGGCAUAAGAGCGUGGUUUGUGCACCACCACUACUGCGUAGCUUGUACAAUAAUCAUGCCCCUAAUAGUGAUGUGUGGCUACCCGUGCAGUGGUAAAACACGGAGGGCAGAAGAGCUAAAGGCGUAUUUUGAUGAAAACACUGAGAGGAGGGUGAUUAUUGUUGGGGACGGAGUCCUGGGAGUUGAAAGAAACCACGUUUACGCAGAUUCUCAAAACGAAAAAAAACUCAGAGCGUCUCUUAAAGCUGAGGUGGAGAGGAAAGUCAGCAAGGAUGACAUUGUUAUUCUGGACUCAUUAAAUUACAUAAAAGGUUACCGGUAUGAACUGUUUUGCCUCAUCAAACAUGCGCAGACGCCACACUGCCUUGUGUACUGUUUGACAUCGGAUGAGCAGAGUUCAUGUUGGAACACAAACAGAGAUGCUGCUGAGCAGUACAACCAGGAAACCCUUGAUGCCUUAGUUCAAAGAUUUGAAGCUCCAGACUCCAGAAACAGGUGGGACAGCCCUCUCUUCACUAUCCUGAAGGAUGACGAACUUCCACUUCAGGACAUUUCUGAUGCCCUUUUUAAAAGAAAAGCUCCCCGCCCAAACCAGUCCACUCAGAGUCAACCGCUGUCUUCUUCAAACUACUUGUACGAGCUGGACAAGAUUACUCAAGAAGUGUUAAUGGCAAUUUUUAACGCUCAGAAGACGAGUGUUCCUGGGGAUCUCAUCUCGGUAUCGGGAGCAACAGAAAAAGUGGAGCUCACGAGGAACAUCAACAUGGCAGAGCUGCGGAAAUUUCGGCGGCAGUUCAUCAGCUACAGCAAGAUGCACCCAACAGAGAACACGGGGCAGAUUGCUAACAUCUUUGUUCAGUAUUUAAAUAAGAGUCUUCAUUGAUAUAUAUAUAUAUAUAUAUAUAUAUAUAUAUAUAUAUAUAUAUAUCAACAAUGAGCUCUGUCUUUAUUGCUCUCUGACAAAUAAAUAUUUUUUUAAUGUUUAUUUUUUGUUACUGUUCAUUUUAGAAUGUUUCAUGUCAUUUAAAAUCACUAAAUGGAGGCACUACAGUUCAGUAAAUUGGCAUUCAAAUAAUGGCGUCAUAACAGCCGUUAAGAGUCGGAGGUGGAAAACAAAAACACGAUUAUUUUGCUUGGGUUGCAAAGUGUACCUCAGCGAAUUAAAUGAUGAAAAUAGUAAUUUUGAUUAUGCAACGGAUAGUUGCAUAAUGGCAAACUUAGUCAGCAUCUUGCAACGCCUUACAAAGACACUGGUUGUUGUAGAGCAGUGGUUUCCAACCCUGGUCCUCGGGGCACGCUGCCCUGCAUGUUUUAGAUGUUUCCCUGCAUCAGCUCACUGUGAUGAAAGUAGCUGUGUCGUCAACAGAGUUGUGCAGACCCUAAUGACAAGCUAAUCAAGACCAUUAAUUACAAUCAGGUGUGUUGAUGCAAGGCAACAUGUAAAACAUGCAAGACAGGGGACCAGUAGAGACAUGUAGAGACAAAGGUGAUGUAGUGUCAGAGGGCUGUUGUUAAUGGUAAAAUAUCAGUAAUUUCAUAUACUUUGUUGUUAUAAUGAAGAUGGAGGAGAAGAGUUUAAUUAAAGACAAGGACAGGAAUAGACCUGCAGUAAUGUAACAAAAUUGCCCAGUUAUAGAUAUGAUACAAUGAGGUCAAUUUAUUUUUCUCACAUUAAGAUAUUUGAAAAAAAUCUUGCUGUUGUUUUGGGUUUCCUUUUGUUUUUAUUCAAUUUCUUUCAUUACUUGUUUUUUCUUUCUGUAAUUUCAUAGCUCAGCAGUAUUUGAAGCACGGGUUAGCCCUAAUUCUGCAUGUGCUUUUCAAAGUCUUGACCACCCUGAACGCAGAUCCUUGUUAAGAAGUAUUACAUUGUUGAAUUGCUGACUAAAGUUCUUUUCCAAGAUUUUGUCUUAUUUAAGAGGAUUGGCAGAAACAACACUUUUUUUUCCCCUUUGCUACAAGAUUGUUUUUUGCACUGGAAGUUAAGUGUAUUCCAAAGGACAAAAGUCCACCGGCUCAAAACAAUUACCGGUAAUCCUGAUUGGAACGGCGGCGGUAGUUGUUCUCCAGAUUAGGCGCGCUAUCGUUCCGGCGAUUUAGACUCGAUAAUUACCUCUUAACGUUUGAGCUAAUCUCAAAUUGGUUCUUUGUUGGCUACACCAACAAAGCAAAGCAACAGAUCCAUAAUUCAUAAAAUGAAUCGCAAGAUAUCUUUGGAUUUCUGAGAAAAAUAAAUAAAAAAAGAAUGAUGAUGAUAAAUUUCAUUUAUUGGCACCUUUCAAAGCACUCAAGACUACCUUACAGGAAAAAAUAAGAAUUAAAAUCAAAGGAGGAAUAGAUUAAAACAAUCAAAAUACCAAUGAGUGAAAAUAAAAUGCACUAACAAAACAACUGUUUAAAACUACAAAUGCAUUGUUUUAUAUUUUUUCCCGUGGGAUUUACCAAAUUGAAAAAUGUAAGCCACGUGAGAUUUAAAGAUGUGAAGAUGGAGGCGUGAGGAAGGGUGUGUAUGAAUCCAUAAAUAGAAACAGUUGUAUGCUUUAUCUUACUUCCCUUUUGGCGCGCUCCUUGACCCUUCUAAUGCUUCCCAGUAGAGAUAUAAGAAAAGUGGAGGACACAGAUAAGGAGAGAAGACAAGUUAAUGACCACGAAACUGGUCAUCGAUUUAAAAUGGCAACAACUAAAUUAAAAACCGCUGCAUCAUCUAAAACUGUUAAUCUAUUUUUUCUAAUUACCAUUAUUAAUGUUAUUGUUUACAUAUCCUCCCUUUAAAAAGCCCUUCUUGCCACCUGACAUUUCUUGUUAUUGGUAAAACCUUUUGUAAUAUAUAUAUAUAUAAUAUAUAUGAGAGAGAGAGAGAGAGAGAGAGAUUUACAUAUACACACACGUAUAUGUGCAUAUCGAGCACUCUGACAGAAGAUUUGCAAUAUCUCGGUGCAAAUAUCAAACUACAAAAACUUCCUUGGGAAGUACAGGCUGUGCUGUCCUGCCCUGCAGCUUCAGUGUUGGAUUUCCUUCACAGUUUACCGUCCAGAUGUAUUGGCAAGGCAGGUUUUUGUAUAGCACAUUUCAGCAAUAAGCUAAUUCAAAGUGCUUUACAUAAUAAAGUUAUGAAAAGUGGAAAGGUGAAAAAAAGGUCACUUUCACAGCAAUUAAUGUCAUUGUUCAUGGAUCUACUUUCAGGAUAAGAGGUAUUAAGUGUGUAAAGCAACAACAACAAAAAAUAUUGCUGCCUGUCUGCAAAAAAACCCAGUGGACCUGCAGCAACAGUCGUUAACAAGAUCAGGCGUGCUGUUGAUUAGGUGAUUUAAGCUUGAUAAUCACAUCUUAAAAAGUUUAACUAAUCAAAGCAGUGAAUCCAAAAAUUCCUAAAAUAAAAUUACAGGGAGGAUCCAUAGAUUUCUGAAAAGCCUCUGUGUGAAUGCUGAAAGAAAUAUCAAAAACAGUUGUAUGCUGCAGCAAAAAAUUAUGCCUUUGUCUCAUUCUUCUGUUUGCUUCAUUCUACUGUUCGUACUGUACCUAAUCUGUCACAGUAGAGACAUAUGACAAGUGGAGAGAAGCCAAUCCAACAGUCUAAUGACCAGUUUCGUGGUCAUUUAUUUAAACAGCAACAACUAAAUUACAAACCUAUGCAUCAUCUUAAAUUGUUCCAAUUUCCAUGACCAUUAUUGAUGAUAUUGUUUAUAUACCUUUCUUUAAAUAUCUUUUAUUGUCACCUGACAAUUUUCUAAUCAUUAUGUUUAUUGUCUUUGGUAAAUCAUUUCUGUAAUCAUAUGUAUAUGUUUAUAUAAAUCACAAGCAGCAGCAACAUAUAUGAGAAGCUGAAAAACUACAGGGUUUGAAGAAGGAAUAGAAAAGAUGUGGAAGCAGUGGCAUGAGUGGUAACUGGAGCACUCAGAGCUGUGAGCUCAAAGCUGGGAGUCUGGGAACAUCAGACAUCCCUGUCUGGAAGAGUGCAGUCCUGAACACUGCGUUAAAAAACCCUCAAGCUGCCAGGAUUCUGUUGAAGAGGGCUCACAAAUCCAUUAGUAUCUGUAUAAGUACCACUUUAUAAGGUGACCCUGAACAGGAAUAAGCAGGUAUGUGGAGGAUAUAAACUACAGCUCCAUCUCAAUAGCCUAAACAACAUGUAGAAAGAAAUGAAAGGACCUUUUUAACUCAACAGCUGAGUAAGGUACUCCUGCAAGCCUCCUCUGUCCUCACUCCUCUGGACCCCUGGUACAUUAAGUACAGGAAUUGAAACGUCUUUUUCUUAAAAUGUGUCUGUUACUGCCAAUCAUUUGAGCCCAGUCAAUGACCUCAUUCAAUGCAUUACAGAUAUCAAGUAUUGGAUGGCAACAGACUUUUUACAGCUGAAUGAAGGAAAAACUGAGAUUCUUUUAAUUGGUCCAAGUGCUCUGAGGCAACCUAUCCUCUAUUAACUCCUCUGUCAGUAAAGCCUUGUGAACUUGUCAAAAACUUGGGUGUUAUGUUAGAUGCUGAUCUUAACUUGCAGAAACACAUAGUUAAUGUCUCCAGGACUGCCUUAUAUCAUCUUAGAAAUAUAUCUAAAGCAAGAUCCUUUCUGUCACAAUCAGACUCUGAAAAGCUGGUUCAUGCCUUUAUCUCCAGUAGAUUAGAUUAUUGCAAUGCACUUUUUGCAGGACUGACAAAGCAAGUGUUACAUAAACUCCAGCUUAUUCAAAAUGCUGCGGCCAGAAUUCUAACAAAAACCGAGAGGUAUGAACACAUCACUCCUGUUUUAUCCUCUCUGCACUGGCUCCCUGUUAAACAAAGAGUAGAUUUUAAAGAACUUCUUAUUGUUUUUAAAUCUAUGAAUGGCUUAGCUCCCUCCUACAUGGUUGACAUGCUCACUGAAUACAUACCAGACAGAUCCCUUAGAUCAUCAAAUAAGAGUCUUCUCAUUAUACCUAGAAUCCACACUAGAUCUGCUCAUGGUGCUUUCAGUCACUACUACACUCUCAGCAGGAACUAAGUUCUGCUCCAACAGUGCCCUCUUUCAAAAGCAGACUAAAAACGUACCUUUUUGCACAGGCGUUUGAGUAAACUCUACAUGGUUGGCUGAGUGAUCGCACUUUUGUUAAAAUGGAAUUAUGGUUUUUAUUGUUGUUUUUCUCUUGAAAUACUUUUGUCUGUUUCUGUUAUUGUAAACCUGUAAUU